AUGUCCAUUAUAUCAAUCAACGGAAACCAUUUGGAUCCCGAGGGACAACGCCCAGUACUUCAGGCUUUGGAUCUCGAGUCAGAGGAUGCCGCAAAGUCAGACUAUAUCCUGGUGCAGUCGGUCGAGCACCUGUCAAAUGAGCAGGAGGACGAGCUCGAAAGUCUAGGCGUUGAUAUCCAGCAAUAUGCAUCCAAGAACACCUACCUUUGCGGGUUUAAGGGCACCGACCUCGAAUCCAUCCGCCGUCUUCCAUAUGUUUCCUGGGUCAACGUCUAUCUAGACAUGUUUGUCAUUCAGUCUAGCCUGAAAGCCCCAGCCGGAACUAUGGAGUUGUCGCCAUUUCCUGCUGUGCCAAAAGACCGUAUCUCUCAAACAGUUGACGUCCUUCUUCAUAAGGAUGUUGACGCUAGGUCUUCAAGUGUUCUCUCGGAAAUUGCUGCAGCCGCACACGCUGACCCUGAAACAUUGGAUGCUGGGUCUUCAAAGAUUCGAUUUAAUGUUCAAAAUCAAUAUUUGGAAGGACUGGCCGCCAUUGACGGAGUCAAGGUCAUCCAACCAGUUUAUCCGGCGCGACUGUUCAACAAUCGGGCGACACAAAUUCUCGGGGCCCCUGUCCAGGUCAAUGGUACUCAGUACGAGGGUGAAGGACAGGUGGUAGCUGUUGCAGAUACAGGGUUCGAUAAAGGCUCUACUGCUGACACUCAUACUGCCUUUUCGAACCGAGUCAAGCAGCUUUAUGCCUUAGGGCGUCCUGGAAAGUCGGACGAUCCAGACGGCCAUGGAACACAUGUUUGUGGAUCUGUUCUUGGAGAUGGGUUUUCCGCGGCUAUGGGAGGAAAGAUCCGUGGCACAGCACCGAAGGCGAGCCUGGUGGUGCAAUCUCUUCUUGACCGAAAUAAUAAUUUGGGUGGAAUCCCAACCGACUUUGGCCAGCUUUUCUCUCCUCCAUAUCAAAAAAAUGGUGCUCGAAUUCAUACGAACUCAUGGGGAUCUUCUGCCCCUGGAAGGAGACAGCUGCCGUAUACUCCUGCUAGCGGAGAAAUUGACAAGUUCGUCUGGGACCAUCAGGACAUGGUGAUCAUCUUCGCUGCUGGAAAUGAUGGAAUCGAUGCGGACAGGAAUGGCAUCGUUGACCCAAGGCAGAUCGGUGCUGAGGCAGCUGCGAAGAACUGCAUCACCGUUGGGGCAAGCGAGAAUAAUCGUCCGGAGAUUCCUAUCGAGUAUGGUCGCCGAUGGCCAAGUGGUCCCAUUAGCAAGGAUUUGAUGGCGGACCAUCCCGAGGGCCUGGCAGCCUUCAGCAGCCGCGGACCUACCCUGGAAUCUCGCAUUAAACCUGAUGUCGUUGCGCCUGGAACCGCGAUCUUAUCAACCAGGUCUAGAAAUCUGGUUAACGCUGAUGCCAGCUUUGGUACAAGUCAGGAUCCUGAGUGGUGGUUCCUAGCUGGCACUAGCAUGGCGACUCCUCUGGUGGCGGGAUGCAUUGCUGUCCUGAGGGAGACUCUAAUUAAAAGCGGAGCACAGGAGCCUAGUGCAGCUCUUCUCAAAGCAUUGCUGAUCAACGGAGCGGUUGAACUAUCUGGGCAGUAUGUUCCAAGCGAAUCUGGCCCAUCUCCCAACAGCAACAGCGGCUUUGGUCGAGUGAAUCUGUCCAACUCAGUGAUCUUGCCAAACCAGGCCGACUGUGGAUAUCGCGAGGGAGGACCACUCGCGCAAGGUGCAAGUGAGGAGAUAUUGGUAGAUAUCCCAAGUAAGGGAGAUCUCCUGAGGGUUCAGGGAAGGUCGGCCAGCACCACUGCAUCCAGUGGCGUAGUACUGAAGGUGUCCUUGGUCUGGACAGAUCCCCCAGGGGAGACCCUUCAGAAUGAUCUGGACCUAAUUGUGGUCAGUUCGGAUGGUACUGAAAAACACGGCAACAUGGGCGACAAGCCAAAUUUUGAUCGGUCCAACAAUGUGGAACAGGUUUUGUGGACGAAUAUUCCUCAUGGGAAUGUCAAAAUCAUCGUGCGUGCGUACCACAUCUUCAACCGGAUGUCUGCCCAGCCAUACGCACUUGUCUGGAGUAUCAACCGCCCCUCGAAGUAG